UUUGGUGAGCGGUUCGCCCAGCAGUUCAUGAGCGUCUCCACUAGCUGGGUCGACAGUUUGAUCUUCUCAAUGGCUCCCUUGGGCGUUAUCACCGCCAUUGUCGGGGCUAUCAGGGUCGGCGGGCCAUCGUGGCUGCGUGGAAUUAUUGGUCGAGCGAGGGAGACCCGUGCAGCCGCGGAGGUUGAGCUGAUGUCAUCGACAUCUCAUGAAGUGUGCGAGAUCUGGAAUGGUGAUGCAAUCGUUCGUGUGAUGGGAUCACCUCAAAUCCAGCAACUUCUCUAUUUCGAGAAUGUUCCCGACAACCUUCUCGAGAAGAUCAAAAAGCGGAGGUCAGCUGAGGGUAGUACGUCGACCCGGAGCUGUUACUCAGGCUGCCCGUCGGCUGCGGAAUCGGGCACUUCGAAGUACGAUGCUCCGAAUAUCUCGAUGAAUCUCAGUGUCCUGAAGAAGCCCUGGGAGCUCUACUUGGCUGCCGCGGUCGGAGUCUUGAGCCAGGCUGCUGUGAUCGUUGUGGCCACCUAUGCGGCCUAUACACCCCACUUGCAGUUCAACAAGACUGGUCUCACAGUUCAAAAAUACUCGUACCCGCUGACUUCCAUCGGAACCUUGUUACUUGUAACCGGAAUGUUUAUAGCGGCGUCGGUCGUAGAACGGAGUACCCACGAAGAUACAUACGAGAAACGCUCGGAAAUGCGGAUAACUUGGGCGAUACAAAGAGGCCGUGUAAUCAACGACCAAACGUUUGAUUCCUAUGCGAUAAUUGCGGACGGCCCUGUCGAUACGGUCAGGACAUCCAGCCGUCAGCCAUCUCACAAGGACUCGGACUCCCACGCCUCACCUCUCAUGCGUGGGUUUACCGUCUUGGGAACAGUCACCUCGGUCGUGGGGUUUAUAUUCCAAUUCAUUGGUCUGCGGGGCAUGCACUGGUCGGCUUCAACAGCACAAUUGGGAGCAACAAUUCUCAUGACAAUUGUGAGGGCGCUCCUCCGUCGCGGAAUGGCAAAACGACCGUCUUCGGUAAAGUUA